AUGGCAUCACUCAAAGGACCUGGAGAAGCGCAACAGUUCGAUGGCAGUGAUCUGCGAAUUGGCAUUGUACAUGCCAGAUGGAACACCAGCAUAAUUGAACCACUCCUCAAGGGUACCAAGGACAAGCUGCUAGCCUCUGGAGUCAAAGAGUCAAACAUCGUAGUCCAGUCCGUCCCCGGAUCUUGGGAACUUCCAAUCGCAUGCUCUAAGUUGUUCUCGGCGUCCCAAGUUCAAAGCACUACCACCGGUUCCUCCCUCUCAGCCGGUGACCUCCUCGGUAGUAGCACCACAGAUCUUACAGCUCUGGCUUCGUCCGCGCCAACAGCCACAGGGCCUUUCGAUGCCCUAAUAGCUAUUGGAGUUCUCAUCAAGGGAGAGACCAUGCAUUUCGAAUAUAUCGCUGAUGCCGUAAGCACGGGGCUUAUGCGCGUCCAACUCGACACUGGCUGUCCUCUGAUAUUCGGUUUGUUGACAGUAUUGAAUGAGGAACAAGCCCUAGCGAGGGCAGGUGUUGUUAGUGGAAGCCACAAUCAUGGCGAGGAUUGGGGAUUGGCUGCCGUUGAACUUGGAGUAAAGCGAAAGGAAUGGGCAGCUGGGAAGAUAUCUUGA